AUCGAAAACAACAAUCUCAUCUACUUUGUAAAUACAUGCGGCACGUGCUAUUUGUCCUGCAAGAUACGUUCUCAAUUCUGCAGAUUGUGCAUUGUCUAAAAUCGAGCCAGAGGUUAUGGCUACGGAGGAAAGUUUCGAACAGUUCGAAGAUGAAGAGGCUGAAAUUGCUAUCGGUGGUACGUUACCAGGAGGGAGGAAACGUCUCUUUUCGAAAGAACUUCGAUGUAUGAUGUAUGGCUUUGGUGAUGAUCAAAAUCCUUAUACCGAAAGUGUUGAUCUACUUGAAGACCUCGUCAUUGAAUUCAUAACAGAAAUGACACAUAGAGCCAUGGAAAUCGGACGUACUGGACGAGUUCAAGUAGAAGACAUUGUCUUUUUAGUUAGAAAAGAUCCACGUAAAUAUGCCAGAGUGAAAGAUCUUCUAACAAUGAACGAAGAAUUAAAGAAAGCAAGAAAAGCAUUUGACGAAGUUAAAUAUGCAGGUACUGUUAGCCAGUAGAAUUAUGUUUAUAUUAUGUUUUUAAUAUAAUGAUUUUGUCUGAUUGAUGCAAUCUAUGUGAUUUUUUAUUAUAUUUUUUUUUAUUAAGAAUGGAGCAUUAGUAAAUAUAAAAAAAAGUUAUGGACCCAUAUAGAUUGCAAGUUAUUAAGCUUAAACUUGAUAAGUAACAUAGCAAGAAUAUGUCUCAAUUUUUUUAUAACAUUGUUUGGUUUGUGCAAUGCUAUAACAUUGCAUUAUUUGUACUGGCUUAAGAAUGUAGAGUUAUCGUUCCUCUUUUUUAAUUUGUUUAUUCUUUAUAAAUUAUUUCUUUAAGAAAAAAAGUUUACAUAAAAAAUAUCAGAUAUAUAGCACAUUAUAUAAUAAUUUAUAAUACAAAUAUGUUAUCUUUUAAUAUCUGCAUGCCUUACUUUGCAUGCCUUAAGCAUGUCCAUACUUUUUAUGUUUACAUUCCAUGUACAUGCAAAGACUGGACAUUCUUUUACUAUUAUUUAAAAGAAUAAUACUAAAACAUAAAGAAUACUAGAAAGUAUUAUUAUCUAGUAAAAUUGAUAUAUAUUAUGCUUUUCAAUUUUUAUAUUUUUUUCUAAAUGAUCAAACUAAAUUUUCAUUAAACAAUUUAUUAAUAACAUAUAAAUAUUUUAUGUUUUUACAUUUUACUUUGUUAAGUGGUGUAUACAUAAGAAACACACAUGUACAUGAAGUAUAAGACAUUGUUGUUAAUCGCUGUAAUAAAUUGUUUGCAAUUUUUAUUGAUUAUUCA